AUCUGUCCUCGCAUGUAAACAGAACCUGUGUUCGUCGGGCAGAAUGGCCGGAAGCAGCAAUGUGUCGGUCGACAGCGUGUUUCGGACCCGGUCCCUCGGCGUGGCCGCGGAGGGACUUCCUGAUCAGUACGCCGACGGAAGAGCGGCCAAAGUGUGGCAGCUGUACAUCGGAGACACGCAGAGCCGCACGCAGGAGUAUAAAAGCUGGCUGGUGUCCCUGCUGAGAGCGCACGGCGUGUGCACGGUGCUGGACGUCGCCUGCGGAACUGGCGUUGACUCCAUUAUGUUGGUUGAGGAGGGAUUUAAUAUGGUUAGUGUGGAUGCCAGUGACAAAAUGCUCAAGUAUGCACUGAAAGCCAGAUGGGAGAGAAGAAAAGAACAAGCUUUUGACCAGUGGGUGAUUGAAGAGGCCAACUGGUUAACAUUACCUGAAGACAUUCAGAAACCAGGGGAAGGGUUUGAUGCUGCCAUCUGUCUUGGCAACUCAUUUGCCCACUUACCAGACUUUAAAGGAGACCAAAGUGACCAAAAGUUGGCCCUUCAAAACAUCGCCAGCAUGGUCAGACCAGGCGGGAUCCUCAUCAUUGACCAUCGCAACUAUGACUACAUCCUGGAGACUGGCAGGGCACCACAAGGCAAAAAUAUUUACUAUAAGAGUGACCUAACUCAGGACAUCUCCACUUCAGUGUUGUGGGUCAACAGUAAGCCUCAUAUGGUCACUCUGGACUACACCAUCCAGGUGCCAAACAACACCCAAAGUGCUCCUGAUGUCAGUAAGUUCCGUCUGUCCUACUACCCUCACUGCCUGAAGAGCUUCACUGCUUUGUUGACUGAGGCCUUUGGCAGCAAACUGGAGCACAGCGUCUACGGAGACUUCAAGAAGUAUGACCCUGGCCAAACCAAUGCCCCAUGCUACUUCAUUCACGUGUGUAAGAAAUUGGCCUGAGAGUCUGAACCCAUGG